GAGGCUGAAGGAGGCGAGGAUGGAGGAGACGUGCCUAGAAGAGUCAAGGUCCCUGCCUGCCCCAGGAAGGUGUCAGCUGCUAUUUUUACUACUCAGUGCCAGGCCUGUUCUUGAAGGGCUCAAGAGGGGAGAAGAAAGGUGGUAGAUGGCCUUGAGAUGGGGAAGAGGACUGCCCUUAAGCCAGGCUGGUGUGGGGAUCCCCAGGGCUGGAGUCAUAGGUUCCCCAGCCCCCAACUCUACCCAAGGGUGCCAGGCCUGAGGUACACCAGGACAGCAGAGAAGACACUGGUAGACACUGCUGCCGGCUGCUGAGGUCCUGUGACAGUCACCCACACCUCCAGACUGAGCAUGAAAGGAAAGGAACAUCUGUCACCUGGGAAUGCCCUUGCCUUGGCAGAGGAUAGGCCUUGAUAGUUUCUCAGUGGGUGCAGUGAUGCUCAUCUCCACUGCCUCAGUGCCUUUGGGGGCUGGUGGCCGGAGCCCCCAGGGGACCUUUGGCCCCCCUCCACCCCUGCUGCCUAAACCAGGGAAAGACAACCUGCGUCUGCAGAAGCUUCUGAGGAAGGCGGCUCGGAAGAAGAUGGCAGGGGCUGCCCCUGCCCUACCUGGAGCCUUCCGUGCCUCCCUGUCCCCUGUGAGCGAAGCCAGCCAUGACCUGGAGACCACGGCUCCACGUCCUGCUGAUGCCCCACAUCCUGCUGAUGCCCCACGUUCUGCUGAGGCCCCACGUCCUGCUGUAGCCCCACAUUCUGCUGAGGCCCCACACACUGUGGUGCCCCUGCCCCGCUCCCCACACACCCCAGUCAUCCACCAUGUGGCCUCGCCCCUGCAGAGAUCCACAUUCUCCUUCAGCCUCGCUCAGCGCCAGGCUCUGGCUGCACACUUCCAGGCUCCUUCAAGUCUUGAAACCCCAGCUCCAGAGCCCAUCCGGCCCACCAGUGGCUUUGCCUCUGUCUUGGCCCCCACGAUGGGGGCUACCCAUGUCGCUCAAGUGCACAUCCAGCUGGCACCAUCCCCGAGUGCAGGAACUCCUGAGUCACCAAGGACAGCCCUGAAUGGGGGACCCAGCAUCCAGAGUGGAGAACCAGCCCCAGGUCCACCCAGUACCCAGCCUCUGAUCCCAGUAGCCCACAUCCGCCCAUUGCCUACUGGGGCCCAGGCUGUGAGUCCUAAGUCUGAGGAGCCCUCUAUAGUGAGGCCACCAUCCAGCUUCCAGGCCUCUGUGUCCAGAGAGACUGGGACCAGGGUGGUGGUGCCCAUUGCCCCCACCUACCGCUCACCUGGACCCUCACCAUACAGCCUGGCCCCUGCAGCACCUGAGGCUGGGCACUUGGGGCAGUUGCCUAUAACCAGCCCUGCACCAGAAGUUGUGCGGGUCCCAUUGUCCCUAGCAUCAGGGCCCCACCCAAGCCCUGCCCCUAAAGUUGCACCCAAGCCCCGGCUCAGUGGCUGGACACGCCUCAAAAAGCAGCUAAUGGAAGAGGCAGAGGAACCCCAGUUCCCAGGGCAAGAGACCAGCCUGGAGCCUGCUCAGCUGGGGGCACCCACUGCAACUAGCUCCCGGCCCCCUGCCUCCCGGGCCUCCAGAAUGUGGGAUGCUGUGUUGUACCGCAUGUCAGUGGCCAAGUCUCGCAACCACUCAACAGGGCCCACAGCGGGCGAGCAAUCCCUGGCUGGCCUCACCCGCCUACCCUUCUUAUACCGGCCCCGCUUCAAUGCCCGAAAGCUGCAGGAGGUUGCGCGGGCCCCUCCCACUGUCCAACCCCUUGUAGCACUAAGCCCCCAGCCCAAGAACUUCAAUCGGACAGCAACUGGCUGGAAGCUGUGGUGAAGUGUCCAAGACCACAGGGUGGACAGAAGAUGGCUGAGCCCCAGUGUGGAGGCUACAGCCAUUGCAGGAGGAAGCACACAGUAGGGUAUGGGGUGGGGGGAGGCAGGUCGGGGAGAAGUAUGGGGACAGCCUAGAAAAGGUGCAUCCUGGUGCCCAGAAGAGACUGAUGGAAGACGACAGGUCAGGAAGGAUAAGCUAGAAAGGUGGAGAAAGCAGGGAGAAUGAGGAAGGGAGGCCAGGUCUCACUGGUGUCAGGGAAUGAGUCUGAUCAAGAUAAUGUGGGAGCUGGAGGGGUGAGACUUUUGGUGAGAGGGAAAAUACACAAGUGUGUGAUGAGGGGGGAAGUUAGAUUCACUGACUGCCAGGCAGACCUGGCAGCACGCUCCCCAAUUGCCAAAGUCUGGGGGACAUAUUUCCUUCUGUUGAUGUCAGAACUGUCACCAGCACCAAUAGCUGGUUGGCAUUUGGGUGCUCGUGAAAGACUCGAGGGACUACAGGAGCCAGACCCUAUCAGACAGACCCCAUGCCAUGAUGCAAGCGGGCGUAGAUGAGGGCUGCUCAAAGGUGGGAAGGAAGCUGACUGGACAGUGGAGGAGGCCUGGUCAUGGUCCUGUUCACUGCACCCUUCUGCUUCCCUAUUUGGGCUGGAAGUUUCUUAGGGGCUUGUUGAUUGGAGAGGGGCCAGGGACACCCUGCUAGUCACAUUGGGCUUUGGUGGCAGAGUGAGAAAGGCAUUCUCAGUGUCAGGGCUGAGACAUCAACCUGGUCAAAAUGUGUAGAAGGAAAGCUGGGGCCUUUGCAGGGGCACUAGAGGGAUCUCAAGCUGCAAAAAGCAACUUUGAUGGGCUUCCAGCCAAGAAGAGAGGGACUCAGAGGUGGCCAGGAGAGACCUCCAGCCACAGCUACCACGCAGGACUUGGCAGGGGAAGAAGGCAAUGGGAGUGGGCUGGUUGUGCCACCAGCUGCAAUGGGCUUUGUGAGUCGAGCCUGGGACCUGGGUGACCAAUAAACACUUUUCUAACCAUGCAA